GGGGAGGGGGCCGAAGAGGAGGGGCGGAGGGCCGGGCUGCAGUUACGGCGGCUGAAGAGAGACAGCCCGAGCGGGUCGGGGUGGGGGCGCGAGAGCGAAGGCUGCGGGGAGCGGUGCUGGGACCAGCGCGGGCGGCUGGGAGGGGAGCGGCGGCCGAAGCAAAGGGCCGCCGAGCGGCGGAGGCACCGAGUGCAGAGCAUUGUAGACCAAGGAGCCAUGGAUAGGAGAAGUGUGGGUGAAACAGAAAAUGGAGAUGCUUUCCUUGACCUGAAGAAGCCACCUGCCUCCAAGUGCCCCCAUCGCUAUACAAAAGAAGAACUCUUGGAUAUAAAAGAACUCCCCCAUUCCAAACAGAGGCCUUCGUGCCUUUCUGAAAAAUAUGACAGUGAUGGUGUCUGGGACCCUGAGAAGUGGCAUGCCUCUCUCUACCCAGCUUCAGGGCGAAGCUCACCAGUGGAAAGUCUGAAGAAAGAGUUGGAUACAGACCGGCCUUCCCUGGUGCGCAGGAUAGUAGAUCCACGAGAGCGUGUGAAAGAAGAUGACUUAGAUGUUGUUCUCAGCCCUCAGAGACGGAGCUUUGGAGGGGGCUGCCACGUGACAGCUGCUGUUAGCUCCCGGCGCUCAGGAAGUCCAUUAGAGAAAGAUAAUGAUGGGCUUCGUCUGCUUGGUGGACGUAGGAUUGGCAGUGGGAGGAUAAUCUCUGCCCGGACCUUUGAGAAGGAUCACCGUCUUAGCGAUAAGGACCUGCGAGACUUGAGAGACAGAGACCGAGAGAGGGACUUCAAGGACAAACGUUUCAGGAGAGAGUUUGGAGAUAGUAAGCGUGUCUUUGGUGAGCGUAGAAGAAAUGAUUCUUAUACAGAAGAAGAACCAGAGUGGUUCUCUGCUGGACCCACAAGUCAGUCUGAAACCAUCGAACUGACUGGCUUCGAUGAUAAGAUACUAGAAGAAGAUCACAAAGGGAGAAAAAGAACAAGGCGACGGACAGCCUCUGUGAAGGAAGGUAUAGUAGAGUGCAAUGGAGGAGUGGCCGAAGAAGAUGAAGUGGAGGUCAUCCUUGCACAGGAGCCUGCAGCUGAUCAGGAAGUGCCAAGGGAUGCCAUCUUGCCUGAGCAGUCCCCAGGAGAAUUUGACUUUAAUGAGUUCUUUAACCUUGAUAAGGUGCCAUGCUUGGCUUCGAUGAUAGAAGAUGUUUUGGGAGAAGGGUCAGUCUCUGCCAGUCGGUUCAGUAGGUGGUUCUCUAACCCGAGCAGAUCAGGAAGCCGAUCCAGCAGUCUUGGGUCAACACCACAUGAAGAGCUAGAGAGACUUGCAGGUCUGGAGCAAGCCAUCCUCUCUCCUGGACAGAACUCGGGGAAUUACUUUGCUCCUAUACCAUUGGAAGACCAUACUGAAAAUAAAGUGGAUAUUUUAGAAAUGCUACAGAAAGCCAAAGUGGAUUUGAAACCUCUUCUUUCUAGCCUUUCUGCAAAUAAAGAAAAACUUAAAGAAAGCUCACAUUCAGGGGUUGUGCUUUCCGUGGAGGAGGUAGAAGCAGGUCUGAAGGGCUUGAAGGUGGACCAGCAAGUGAAGAAUUCAACCCCCUUCAUGGCAGAACACCUAGAAGAGACCUUGAGUGCUGUAACCAACAAUCGACAACUCAAGAAAGACGGAGACAUGACUGCGUUCAACAAGCUAGUGAGCACAAUGAAGGCAAGUGGGACUUUGCCUUCUCAGCCCAAAGUCAGCCGAAACCUUGAAAGCCAUUUGAUGUCCCCUGCUGAGAUUCCAGGCCAGCCUGUCCCUAAGAACAUCCUGCAGGAACUUCUGGGUCAACCAGUUCAGAGACCUGCUUCUUCCAAUCUUCUGAGUGGCCUUAUGGGGAGCUUGGAGCCUACAACAUCUUUACUGGGCCAAAGAGCACCCUCUCCUCCCUUGUCACAGGUGUUUCAAACUCGAGCAGCCUCAGCUGACUACCUUCGCCCAAGAAUACCAUCACCAAUUGGUUUCACACCAGGACCACAGCAGCUACUCGGAGAUCCAUUCCAAGGCAUGCGCAAACCCAUGAGCCCCAUCACGGCCCAGCAGAUGAGCCAGCUGGAGUUGCAACAGGCAGCUUUAGAAGGGCUGGCCUUGCCACAUGACCUUGCUGUACAGGCAGCAAACUUCUACCAGCCUGGUUUUGGCAAACCACAGGUGGACAGAACCAGAGAUGGAUUCAGAAACAGGCAACAGCGAGUGACCAAGUCACCAGCACCAGUGCAUCGAGGGAAUUCCUCUUCCCCUGCCCCUGCUGCCUCCAUCACAAGCAUGCUUUCUCCUUCCUUUACCCCUACCUCAGUGAUUCGUAAGAUGUACGAGAGCAAAGAGAAAAGCAAGGAGGAGCCAAUAUCUGGAAAAGCAGCUCUUGGUGACAGUAAAGAGGAUACUCAGAAGGCCAGUGAAGAGAACCUCCUGUCCUCCAGCUCUGUACCCAGUGCCGAUCGAGACUCUUCUCCCACUACAAAUCCAAAACUGUCAGCGUUACAGAGGUCUUCGUGUUCCACCCCACUGUCCCAGACCAGCCGUUACACCAAAGAAGAUUAUCGACCUAAAGCAACUGGGAGAAAAACACCCACCUUGGCAUCCCCAGUUCCUACAACACCUUUUCUCCGCCCUGUCCACCAAGUUCCCCUUGUCCCCCAUGUUCCUAUGGUUAGGCCUGCUCACCAGCUUCACCCAGGGUUGGUACAGAGGAUGCUGGCCCAGGGAGUACAUCCACAGCAUCUUCCAAGUUUGCUCCAAACUGGUGUGCUUCCUCCUGGGAUGGACUUGACUCAUUUACAGGGAAUAUCUGGCCCUAUCCUGGGUCAGCCCUUUUACCCUUUACCUGCUGCUAGUCACCCUCUCUUAAACCCUCGUCCUGGAACACCUCUGCAUCUGGCAAUGGUGCAACAGCAGCUACAGCGCUCAGUUCUGCAUCCUCCAGGCUCUGGUUCCCAGGCAGCAGCUGUCAGCGUUCAGACAACUCCUCAGAACAUGCCUAGCCGGUCGGGCCUGCCCCACAUGCACUCCCAGCUGGAGCAUCGCCCCAGCCAGAGGAGCAGCUCCCCUGUGGGCCUUGCCAAAUGGUUUGGCUCAGAUGUGCUACAGCAACCCCUGCCUUCGAUGCCUGCCAAAGUUAUCAGUGUAGAUGAAUUGGAAUACCGACAGUGAGCAGGGCAGGCAGACUCAACUAAGCCCGGACCUGUGGUGGCACCCUGGGCAGGACCCUGCUUCUUCAUCUCGGGUUGGUUUAUGGGCUUUUACUUCGGAGCACUCUGUGUGAAGCUGUUUGGUGGAACCCAUGCACCUGGUGUGGUCCGCAUUAUGAUGGAAGGAUCUUAACCAGUCGAGUGGAGUGUACAUUGUCUGAAUACAGGAUGCACAAUGUUGUCAAUCCUGAAAAUUGUCUUUCUUUUUUGUAAGAUAUGUGAAUGAAGUGUUGGUGUCCUCACCAAGAGGUGGCACCUAAGGGUUCUGAGGAAAUAAAUGUAUAGACCCUUAUGUACAGACCUGUGUAUAAACAACUUUUGUAUAUACAUAUAGGAUAGCUUUUUUGAACUUAUACAGCUGUACAUAAAAGUAGCUGAUAUUAGUUAGGCCUGUGUCAACAGUUUGGAUUUUUUUCACUUGUACAUUUGGGAUUUUCUUUUGGUUGAUUAAAAUUGCAUAUGCUAAGUGUGUGAAUGAAGUAACUG